ACAGUUCCCCUUCUCUCUCUCUCUCUCUAUAUGGCUCUGUUUUAAAAAGGGUAAACAGAUUUCUCCACUCAAACACACAAAAGUCGCCAUCUUUAUUUAUCAUCACAUCCCAUGUCCAGAUGAUGAGUACGACGACGAUUAACAUAAUAAACUAGGGUUCUCCACAAUCUAUCUUACACGUUUCAUUCGAUUCCUUUCUGAUUAGCCAAAUCCCAGAUUCUACCAACCAUGGCGAUAAAGUCGAGUUCUGCUGAUAACAAAACCAGAAGCUCUGUUCAGAUCUUCAUCGUCUUCAGCCUAUGCUGCUUCUUCUACAUCCUCGGAGCAUGGCAGCGAAGCGGCUUCGGCAAAGGAGACAGCAUAGCCCUCGAGAUGACCAACAGCGGAGCCGACUGCAACAUCGUCCCGAGCCUAAACUUCGAGACACACCACGCGGGAGAGUCCAGCAUCUCCUCAUCAUCAGCAAAGGCCAAAACUUUCGAGCCCUGCGAUGCUCGUUACACUGACUACACUCCCUGCCAAGACCAGAGGCGCGCCAUGACGUUCCCUAGAGACAGCAUGAUUUACCGCGAGAGGCACUGCGCUCCGGAGAGCGAGAAGCUUAGUUGCCUUGUCCCCGCGCCUAAAGGAUACGUCACGCCUUUCUCUUGGCCUAAGAGUAGAGACUACGUGCCUUACGCUAAUGCUCCGUAUAAGGCCUUGACCGUUGAGAAGGCGAUUCAGAAUUGGAUUCAGUACGAGGGUGAGGUGUUUAGGUUCCCUGGAGGUGGGACUCAGUUCCCUCAGGGGGCUGAUAAGUAUAUCGAUCAGCUUGCUUCUGUGAUACCUAUGGGGAAUGGUACUGUUAGGACUGCUUUGGACACUGGUUGUGGGGUUGCAAGCUGGGGAGCUUACUUAUGGAGCAGAAACGUGCGUGCGAUGUCUUUUGCACCAAGAGAUUCACACGAGGCUCAGGUUCAGUUUGCGUUAGAGAGAGGUGUUCCCGCUGUGAUUGGUGUUCUUGGAACCAUAAAGUUGCCGUACCCAACACGUGCUUUCGACAUGGCUCACUGCUCAAGGUGUUUGAUUCCAUGGGGAGCAAAUGAUGGGAUGUACUUGAUGGAAGUUGACCGUGUGCUUAGACCCGGUGGGUACUGGAUCCUAUCUGGUCCUCCGAUCAACUGGAAAAUCAACUACAAGGCGUGGCAACGUCCCAAGGAGGAGCUUGAAGAGGAGCAAAGAAAGAUUGAGGAAGCUGCUAAGCUACUCUGCUGGGAGAAGAAGUAUGAGCAUGGAGAGAUCGCUAUCUGGCAGAAGAGAGUCAAUGAUGAUGCGUGCCGUUCAAGACAAGAUGAUCCCAGAGCUAACUUCUGCAAAACUGAUGACACCGAUGACGUUUGGUACAAGAAAAUGGAGGCGUGUAUCACACCGUAUCCGGAGACGAGCGGUUCAGAUGAGGUGGCUGGAGGAGAGCUUCAGGUUUUCCCUGAUAGGCUCAAUGCGGUGCCGCCUAGGAUCUCUAGCGGUUCCAUCUCUGGCGUCACGGUUGAUGCAUACGAAGAGGAUAACAGAGAGUGGAAGAAACAUGUGAAGGCGUACAAGAGAAUCAACAGUUUGCUUGACACGGGAAGGUACCGUAACAUCAUGGACAUGAACGCAGGGUUUGGUGGGUUUGCUGCUGCUAUAGAAUCACAGAAGCUUUGGGUUAUGAAUGUUGUCCCAACGAUUGGUGAAAAGAAUAGACUUGGUGUUGUAUAUGAACGAGGACUCAUUGGAAUCUAUCAUGACUGGUGUGAGGCUUUCUCUACAUACCCAAGAACGUAUGACUUAAUCCAUGCGAACCAGCUCUUCAGUCUGUACAAGAACAAGUGCAAUGCGGAUGACAUUCUGCUGGAGAUGGAUAGAAUACUCCGUCCAGAAGGAGCGGUUAUAAUCAGGGACGAUGUGGACACAUUGAUCAAGGUGAAGAGAAUCAUAUCUGGAAUGAGAUGGGACUCGAAGAUGGUUGAUCAUGAGGAUGGGCCUUUGGUUAAUGAGAAGGUUUUGAUUGCCGUGAAGCAGUAUUGGGUCACCAACUCCACCUCGGCUCAGUGAAGUUUUCUUUUGUUUCCUGGUGUGUGACUUUGACAUUUUGAUCCAAAUGAUAGAAAGCUUUCUUUGUCCUUAGGGAAUUUGAGAGAGCUACCACACGCUGGUCCUUUUUAUACACUUUUUCUAAGUUUCUCUAUUUAAUUUAUGUUAUAGUUUAUA